CAGCGGAGAGAGAGAGAAGGGAGAGAGGUGUUCUUUUUGAGAGUGUGAGGAAGGGCAAGAGGAGUGUUCGUCCAAAAGUGAGGAGAGAGCGGACCCCUCUUGAGAGAACUGCUAACACCCCUUCCUCCGGCAUGGCAGACAUCACAUCUGCCCAAUGGCAGGCCAUGCUGGACACAGCAGACGAAAACGAGAAACCGUUCUUCCAAAAGCUUUAUGAUGAUGCCGUGCAGAGGGAAAGGGAGGCAGAGGCAGCAGCUAGAGCCACAAGCAUAGCUGCCCAGGUGGCCCUCCUUCAGCUCCCAGAAGCCAAUACUGACCGGUUCCAGGAGAGGCUAGCUGCUGCCGUAGCAGCCUUGGUUCGACUACGGAACUUAGAAGACCUUGAGUCCCGUGUAACAACACUGGAGCAGCGGAACCAAGAGCUGCAGGCUGAGAUAAUCAGCCUCAAACAGUCUCAAUUGUCUGCCCCCCGCCCUCCUAACCCUCGACCUGCUGCAGUCCCAGUCUCUCAAUCUAACACAGUCCUCAUGGCAAGAGCAAGUGGAACUGUGACGAGCGCAGGAACCGGUGCCAGCUCCUCGAGCGGCAGCGCCGGCAGUUUUGCACUAGUCAUAGUCCCAAAUGCAGGGACAUCAGCCCAAAACGCCACAGUCCUUACUGGCGUUCAGUACAGCGGUCCCGUAGUGGACAAGCGGGCGGCCACCUUGCCGUCCAAGUACGACAGGAAAGCGGAUAUCACCUCUUGGAUUAGUUCCAUGCGCUCAUACUUCGAGGUCAUGCGGACACCGCAGGAAGACCGAAGCAUGAUCAUGGGCAUUAAUGCUGAGCCCGCCGUACGGAAUCACAUUGAGCUCCAAGCUGUUGCUGCAGGUUAUGAAAGAAUUGACCUGACCGAGUGGCUGAGAGUAACUCCUGUACGCGCCCUUGAGGAUCUUCUCAUCACACGGUACCAAGAUAAGCAUGAUGCGCUCAAGGCUAGGCUGAAGCUUGAGGCCCUCAAGGGCCAAACAUGGAGGUCCUCCAUGCAGGCUUUGGAACAACACUUGACCGGUCUGUUCACCACUCCAGACCUAGGGAUGACCGACGUGUCUUGUAUGGAUGUAGUCAUUGGAGUGGCCCCUAAAGAAUACCUCUCCCUGCUAGGACUCAAAGACCAUACUACUAGGCGAGAGCUCAUGACGGAUCUAGUCAACCUAGAGGCCAAGGACCUCGCCAGGCAUAAGAAGGCGCCCGCUGCAGGUGGAAAACCACAACGCAAGCGGUAUGGAAGCAACAACCAGCUUGCCCUGCAUGAACAUUAGGAGGCUGAAGAUCAGUCCUACGCGGCUGAUCUGUCUCUAGAUGACGAUCUAGAGCCGGACUCCG